UCUGCUCUAGAUUGGGGAAAAGAGGCCCGCCGCUCGCCGUGCCGCAUCCCUCGCCGCCAACCGCUCGGAGAAUCGGCGCUGCCGCCCGACUGGGCAGGAUCCGGCGCUCCCGAACUGGCGCCGCGCCGCCGCUUCCUCCGCCGCCGCCAUGCUGCUCCUCCGAAGGCAACUCCUACCUCUGCUCCACGCGAUCUCCCCGCUCCCUUCCCCAAUCCACCACCGUACCUGCCCCCUACUUUCUAUCUCCACCUCUGCCUCCGCCACCCCUUUCUCCCUCGAGGAAUACCUCGUCGCCGCCUGUGGCCUCGCCCCAGCUCAAGCCCGCGAGACGGCCAAGAAAGCGUUAGAUAAAGCAUCCAAAGCCAGUAACAAGAAGGCAUUCGAGGAGCUCUGCAAGUCCCGCCUCAGAUCCGCAUCCAACCCGGACGCCAUCCUCGCCCUGCUCUCCGGCGUCGGCCUCACCCGGACCGACAUCGCCUCCAUCGUCGCCGCGGACCCGCUCCUCCUCCGCUCCUCGGUGAAGAACGUCGGCCCUCGCCUCCACGCCCUCCGCGACUGCCUCGGUCUGUCCGCACCCCAGAUCGCUCGCUUCCUCCUUCUCGGCUCACCCGCCCUCCGCGGCUGCGAUAUCGUUCCCAAGCUGGAGUUCUUCAUCUCCUUCUAUGGCUCAUUUGAGCGGCUCCUCGUGGUCAUGAAGAAGAACAAAGCCAUCCUAUUUUCGGAUUUGGAGAGGGUGAUCAAGCCUAACAUCGCGCUGCUUUGUCAGCGCGGUCUAAAUGUUCGAGAUAUUUUCCACUCGCGGGUGCUUACCUUCAACCCAGAGCAAGUCAAGGAGUUCGUGUUGCGCGCGGAAGAGCUUGGGGUGCACCGCAGCUCGCCGAUGUUCAAGCGCACAAUCAAAUCUCUCUCAUAUAUCAACAAAGAGAAGGUCGCUCCCAAGCUCAAGUUUUUGAAGAGUACUCUUGGUUGCUCCGAGAGUGAAGUUGCUAUUGCAGUGUCCAGGAUGCCAAGUAUUCUCCCAUUGUCUGAGGAGCUCCUUCUCCGCAAGAUUCACUUCUUGAUAAAAGAGGUUGGAAUGGAGCCUCAGUACAUUGUUGAAAGGCCUAUCCUGUUAUCAUUCAGCCUGGAGAAGCGGCUAGUGCCCCGGCAUUGUGUCAUGAAGGUCCUGCAGGAAAAGGGAUUGCUGAGUAGUAAAAUGGGCUUUUUCUCAUUUGCUCAAAUUGGAGAGAAGACUUUCAAAUUGAAGUAUAUCGACUAUCACAAGGACUCUGUUCCUGGGCUUGCAGAUGCUUACGCCACAGCUAGUGCUGGUGUUGUGCCCUCUGGAAUCAAAUUAUAACAUCUGAAAAUGUUCAUAUCCUUUUCGUUGGAUGGUGCAAGUGCAAUUCACACUCAUUAGCAGCUGUUGAUGGUGCAGGCAUUCUCAAGUCUUCUUUCUGCAGUAGAACAACUACUGAUCUCUGGCUGCUCAUAGUCCAAGUUUAAGCGGCUAGUGCCCCGGCAUUUUGUCAUGAAGGUCCUGCAGGCAAAGGGAUUGUUGUAUCGCAAAUUAAGCUUUUAUUCAUUGGAUAAAAUUGGAGAGGAGGCUUUCAAAUUGAAGUUGUUGACUGUCGCAAGGUCUGUUCCUGGCCUUGCAGGUUAUUAUGCUACAUCUUCUGCUCGUGAUGUGCCCCCCAAAGUCCCACUAUCUUCCUGAAAUAUUUAAUAUUCUUGAUAAGGUGGAUGGUGGAUUGUAGAAGUGCAACUGUCCAUGGUUUGUUUCAGCAAUAGAACUACUACCGAUCUUUGACUGGUCAUUGUCCAAGUUUAAGUUGUGAUUGUCUAUGAGGAACUGGUUUGAGUUGUUCUAGAGACUUGCUGACGAGUAUAGUAUACUAGUCAUUCUUCUUCCAAGCACGUGACUUGAAUUAUCCUCAAAAUUAGCUCUUCUUCAGCAGAAUGGUCGCUACAGCAGUACUAAAGAUGCUAGUAACAUGAUGGUAUUAGCUUUCAGUUUUGCCCAA